AUAGCCUACGCACACACUGCUCUGAACUAUAUCCUCGAUAUCAAUUAUCAUUUGGGGUUUGCCACUCGACGCGUACGUACGUAUGUACGUAUCUCACACGUAACCAGAAGACUGCACAGUGCUAGCGCCCUUGGUUGCAAUGCUAGUUGUCAAAGCAAACAGCCGCCUACUCAGCUCAGUUGUGCAGAUUUUCAUCGUUUGCCAUUGCGACAACCUGCGCAUAUCGGGUUCACACUGGCUACUCGCUAUUCAUGCUGGAGUUCAUUCAUAAAAAGUUUCAGCUAUGCAGAGCCUGGGCAGGUUAUAUAUAUAUACUGGGGUUCAUUGCCUGGGCUACCUAACAUUGACAGACACCCAGAGCCGGUCGAGCUGGCGCGGAUUUCUAGGCAGACCUUGAAACAGUCUUUUUAUGAAACGCCAGUGCCAGCUCGUGCAAUGAAAGACACAUUUCAUCCCAGCUAUCCAUCCAACAUGUACAGUUCUUCCAAGGCCAUGGAAGCCUGUGUCAGUCCCACUUCCACCCCUACCAAGAUACAAUGGAUCAAGACUCCCUGUAUCCGGCCCUCCCAGGGCCUGCCAGCCCAGGACAACCUGACUAAGCCAGACUGGCAACCUCCAGUCAAAGGCCCGGGGAUCAUCCAGAUAGGAGAUGCACCCAGUGAUGUGCAAGGUGCAACAGAGCCUGAAGGGGUUGCCAUACCAGUUGCCAAUGUUGUUGGGUGUGCCUCAGACUUGCUGGAAAAGAGAUCAGUUUGUGACAUAAAGGCGGCACAUGGUGUAAUUGCCACAGCCCCACAAACAAGUCUUGCUGGAUGCUCCGGUGUGUCUCAGGAAGACUGCAGAUACCAGAAGUCUCCUGAUAGUGAACACGUACUGAAACAAUUCUGGCCACACAGUGUGUCAGAAACUGUCAGAUCAGGAACAAAGAAAUACCUGUCUGAAGAGACCAAAAUACUUUCCCAUCAACUUCAACCACCUUUAAAUAAUAAAUGCAAUACUGACAUGUCAUUGCCUAAAGAGGAAACUAAUUCAGUUCACAUUACCUUCCACAAAAACCACAAGCCUAUCUUGCCAGGUACUUCUGUCGAUCCUAUUCACAAACCGUGGAAGGCUGAGGGGACUGUUACUGGGGCUGGAGUGUGUCAGACAAGACAUUCCAACCUGUCUGACAUUGAAAGGCAGAGAGGACCCAUAAAGAAACGCCACAUCAACUUCCAGUCUGACGCCUUAGAUCUGAGCACCAAGAAGGCCAAAGUGGAAAGGGUAAUGAGUCCUGAGGGCCUGGAAGUGUCCCCUGAUGGGAGUUGCAUCAAAAUGCAGUCUAUUUCAAGCCACCAGGUACUGAUGGACCAUGAAGGGAUAAGUGUGACCCUGAAACAAGAACCUCAUCUAACUAACACGGCGGCCACAAAACAGGAGACUUCUCUACCACAAGCAAAUAAAUUCAUGCCAACUCCCGAUGCAAGAGACAGGAAACGCAACAUGACAGGAAACAUUUCAAACUUGGAUCAAAAACAACUAUUAACUAACCCUACAGCCAUUUCCGGUAAUCAACUUGAGUGGCAGUCAUAUGAAAUAUCUGAAAACGACAAUGCUUACUCAGCUAGAAAUCUUGUGCCUGUGCUUCCAAGCCAGGAAUUUGUGAGACAGUGGGUUAUGCAUGUAACCCAGAGCAGUGAUGUGUUUGCCACACAGAACCUCAAAGCCAAAGUCAGCCAGGAUGCAGAGUUACGCCAUUCCCCAACCUCAGUGGCCAGCUAUCAGGGUAGCGUGUCUUCCUCUCCCACUUUCCACAACCCUGGGAGAGCCUCAACCCUGUCUACAAGCACUGUCACGAAAAUGGUGAAGCCUUACGCAUGCGAGCAUUGCUCCUCCACGUUCAAGCACCGCCACCAUGUUGUCCGUCACAUGCGGGCCCACAGUGGUGAGCGCCCUUUCCGCUGUGACCACUGCAGUGCCACCUUUGCCCGUAAGUGUGUACUGACCAACCACCGGCGUACCCACACUGGGGAGAAGCCCUAUAUCUGUAGUGAGUGUGGCGACACCUUCAGCCGCAAGCACCACUUGGUUAUCCACCAGCGCACCCAUAGCGGUGAGAAGCCCUACCGCUGCCGUGACUGUGGGGCAGCCUUUGCUCGCUCACAUCAUGUCAAUCGUCACCGCAAGACUCAUGAAAAGGAGGCAGAGGUGGAUGCACAGAUACAAUGGUUGGAGUCCAACGUCCGCGGGUUGAACCACACCCUUCCCACAAUGGUGUCGCUGGGCCACUCAGGUGCCUCAUUAGACCAUGAUUUAGAAUCCAAACCAAGCCUUUCACAUGAAGUGACACCGCCUGUGGUAAAGACAACUGUGGAAAUGAUUAAAAGCCACAAGGUACAACAUACAGAGAGCACAGUCAGUACACAUAAAGACGAAAUCAUGGUGAACAGUGUGACAUAUAAAGAUUGACUUUAUAGCAUACUUAAUUCCAACUCUUUAAUGUAAACAACUCCUUAAACUUGCUCUGCCAUUAGUGUAAGUUUCAACCCGAAAAUUAGAUUUUGUUUUUAAAUUGCUAUAUUUCCAGCAAUACAAAAGUUAUUCACUUCUGAGUCAUUGAGCAAAAUUUUCUGCCAAUGUUUAGUUACUUUACAAACUUCCCAUUAUUAGUGGCCCAACAGUACUCCACGCAUAUCUUUUGUGCAUUAUGGGCACAAAAGCAACAAAAACUGAAAACCUAUUUUUCAGGCGAUGGAAAAUGCCCAAAAUAGAAAAAAAGUAUUGGUAGUUUUUGUGUUUAAAUAAAAACAUACAAAUUGAAAUUCAUUCAGAAAAAAAAGUUCAAUAUGCUGAAGAGCAAGCAUUUGUUAAGAGAAAAAGGAUGGUAUAUGCUGAAGAGCACGAGUAGAGCAACUUUAAGUGUAAAAAUUAUUACAUUUAUACCAUCUCUUAUUUGAAAAAACAACAGUUCCACUAAACACUGAGUAGCCUUUAAAGUGGCACUGUAACUUUGAGUAAAAACAACUUGAUAAGCAAUCAGAGUCUGUGAAAUUCAAAACAAUGAUGUGGAUGGUCUCUCUAAGAGUUACUAAAAGGUCAGAGGGAUUAUUCAUGUGCAAAUUGUGUCCCACAUCAAAAGCAAUGUUGAAGAUGUUUCUGGUGAUUUCCUUUUGGAAAAGGUCACUCGGGCAGCCAAAAAAUAUGUAGGUGUUAUUCCACUCUAAUAGGAUUCUUGUUCACAGGGGGAAGAGGGGGUGGUUGGUUGACAUUCGGCAGCACUGCCACAGGAGAACAAGCCACCAAUGACAUAGGUGAAAGAAGUGCUUUUCCCACCAAUGGAAAGUUAGGGAAAUUCAUGAUGCCACAAAUGAUAACAUAUUAUGUUGUCAUAGUUUUAAAAUGGAAAUUUCAAGAUGGAUCUCCUUUCUUGUAUUUUCAGACAGUUACAUCAUUUACUUGUAAAAAUUUUUUGCUGUAACAAAGAUGAUUUUAGACUACUGCACUUCGGCUCUGGAAAAUCAAUGCUUUUAUCAACAAAACAAAAUGGUAUAUAUACUGCAAAAGGUAUCAACAAAAAAAAUAACUGUCAAAUAUCAAAUUUGCUCAGUGGUGUUUUCUACACUUUGCAGUUAGUCCUAGGUGACAGAGUUAUUAUUUUUAUCUGAAAGUUUAUUUGAAAGUACUGAAGGGAAAGAAGGUACCUUAAAGAAACAAACAUCUGUGGCUGCACUCUGUGAAAAGUAUUUAGGCUGGUGAUUUAACAGGUGUGGCACAAGGUUGCAGUAAACUUUUGCAAAUUGCAAUAUGUAUUUCAGCUGAUUUGAAUCAUAUAAAAAUAUGAUUAUUUAAAAAUAUGAAAGUAGUUAUAACUUAAAUGUAAGAAGUUUUGAUAAAAUUGUAUAAAUUUGAUGGCAGGAAAGUCUUUAAUGGCAACAUUUCAAACAGAGAGUACAAUGGAAAUUCCCUCUCAUAUCCUCUGUUUGUUACUUUUUUAAUUACUUUGUGAAAUGCAUUGUCAUUGCUUUGAAAUGAGGAUGUGCUGUUUUUGCAGAUAUGAGGUUGGGCUUGUCAUAUUUGCUUUGUUGCCAUGGAUGCGACAAUCCUACAAAACCACAGGAUCCUGACGCAUGCCAAUUCCAUCAUUGUUUACAUGCACUGGACUUGGCAUCAGCAUUUUAUUUCUGUUAUUUCGAUUAGUAGUGUAGCAUUUGUCAAAUCUUAUUCAAUUUUUGCAAUGUUGGCUCAUUAACUAGUUUCUUGUGGCUAAAUUAUGUGUUAGCUAGUGGCAGCUUUUGUCAGCUUUAAUUGUGCAUUAUAAAAUUGUAUCACUUUAGAUUAUGAAUCACAUAUCAAAUUAAAACAUUGUAUAAGUAAUCACAGCGGAAAAAAAAUUGUUGCUGCUAUAUUUUGCCAAAAAGGAAUAUAUGUGUUUAACAUCAAGAUAUAUCAACUGUUUAAUUUCUGUAAGAUUUGAUCUGAAAUCCCAAGUACUGUAUUGACCAAUAACUUGAUAAUUGAUUGGUGUUUUUAUAACCUGUUGUAAGUAUUUUUCAUGACAGAAGUAUCAUUUACUUUAUUUAAUGGUUGUACUGGUAUGUACUGGUUUCGAAAAUAGUGCAUUAAAAAUGUGCCCAAAAAAACUGGUUUAACAAACUAAAAAAUAACUGCAGGCUACAUCACCACCCUCAGAAUGCACUGGAAAUAUGAUAUUGAUACAUGUAUCUGCCCUGGUUAGUUGGGGGGGGGGGCAUACAUACUCAGCUAUGAAAUUAACUGGAGCUUUGUGCAAAGAACUAAUACAGAGACACAAAAGUGACCAAAAAACCCAAUAAUCUUUUGAUUUCAAGCAAACUUGAAUCUUCAAUGAACACCAGUCAAUUUUUAUGUCAGAGCAGAAAGAGAGGAUCCAAAAAUGUUCUAAUCUUAAUUUCACAGCACAAACCACACUCUUAGUUUCCAGUGUUUGGUAAGUUAAAGAUAAAUCUGUAUCCACCUUGUAUAGCCAUUAUAUUUUUUUGUCUGGAGGCACUUUGCAAAGUAUUUUGCAGUAAAUCUCAAUUUUUCUUAGCUUCCAAAUGACAAUAUGUCAUAAUUAGGCAGAAAGAUAUACUCCGCUUUAUUUACUCCUACUUAGUAUAGGUUUGGGGUUGGUCUGUUUGUAUACGAAAUUGCAAUUAGUCCUGUUGGACUUUAAAUAAACCAUAACAAGUAAUUAAAUGUGACUGCAGUACAUUAGCAUCUGUAUUUAUAUAAGCUGGUCACUUUCAAUGCAAAUUAAAGCACUAUGCAAUAUUUUGUCACAACAA